AUGAUCUUAACGCUGCUCGCGGCGACGCUGCCGCUGCGUCCACGUAUUCAGCUGCAUUACGCCAUCUGGAACGGAGCGGCACUGGCCUCGCUCGUCGCCGUCCUCGGCCCUGCGCUCAACACAUUCACGCUCCACUUCUCCUGCGGCCGCAUGGUCGAUAUCCGAGGCCAAGAGAUCAGCAGUUUUCUCUUGCAGCGCUGCCCACCGUGGCUCUCGACGGCGCCCGCGACGAAGCUCCGAUUGGCCAAUGUCGCCCCGAUGGACCACGAUGCUGUCAUCGCGUUCUGCGAUGCGCUCCAAGCCAACACAACCCUCCAAGAGCUAAUUGUCGACAACGCCCCCAGCCUCGGCGGCUUCCAUGGCCGCACGCUCCCAGUGUCAUUGAGGAGCCUCGAGUGGAAUGUGGACUCGAACGUGGUUGUCGACGACGCAACGCUGACGGACCUUGCGACCGCCGUCGGGCCCACGCAGCUCGAGCGUCUCGAGUGCAACGUCUUUGGCCAGCUGGCGACCUAUCCGGCCGCGGCGUCAAUGCUAUCGCAACUCCAGUGCCUUGUCGUCUCCUGGUUGAACGCCGACUCCAUGGAGGCAGUGAUCGACGGCUUGUCGUCGGUCCCAUCGCUGAGGUCUCUGACGGCUCGCCAUUGCCGCCUCUCGACCUCGAUGGAGCUGUUCAUGGAGACGCUUGCGACGACGUGCGUGCAUCUCGAGACGCUCCGAGUCAGCGAUCAGCAGCUGACGCGCGAUGGGGCUAUCGCUGGUCUGUCGGGCGUGUUGCGAUUGCCACGCUUGACGACGCUGGACCUCUGGAUGCCUCUGCUGGAUGCGUUGCAUGUGCUUCCAGAGCUCGUUGCUGCGGGUCGCCACCUUCGCCACCUCGAAUUGACAGACAUCGGGUGCGACGACAACGACAUGAAAUCACGCGCGAUCUACCAAGCGCUGGCACUGAUCCACGACGCCCCAUUUGUGGUCGACACCGACACGCUGCCAGAGGCCAUGGAUGGAUCCGUCGUCGACGCGCUUCGUCGACGCGCUGAUCGGUCAAGUCGUUGCUAUUUGCUUAUCUAA